CGCAGCUCUGGGCAAAUGGCGGCGGCGGUUCCUCCCGGAGCGGCGGGGCCGGGGAUGGCGGCGGGAGGCGGGCCCGGGGCCGCCGUGGUGCCGGCGGCCGGGCCCGGAGCGGCGGCGGGAGGCGGCGGGGCCGCGCUGAAGAGCGGCGAGGAGCGGCUGAAGGAGAUGGAGGCGGAGAUGGCGCUGUUCGAGCAGGAGGUGCUGGGGGCUCCAGGCCCCGCCCCCGGGGACCCCCUGGCCCCGCCCCCCGUCCUGCGGCCAAUCAUCGCCACCAACACCUACCAGCAGGUCCAGCAGUCCCUCGAGGCUCGCGCCGCCGCCGCCGCCACCGUCCCCCCCUUGGGGACACCCCCGGUGCCGUUCGUGGGGCCAGUGUCCCCGCAGCGCCCGCCCAUCCUGCGCCCGGCCUUCGUGCCACACGUCCUGCAGAGACCGGCGGGUCCCCGGGGUCCCCUGGGGCUGCGCCCCCCCCCCGGGGCCAUGGUGGGGGUGGGGCCCCCCCUGGGCGCCCCCCCCGCCCCCCCCCUGCUGCUCGCCCCUCCCCCCCUGCAGAGACCCCCCCCCACCCCCCUGGGGGCGCCGCUGGGGGGCGCCCUGCGAGCGGCCGGACCGGCGGGGGGGGGAGGGGCGCCCGUGCCCCCCCUGCCCCCGGUGGCCCCCGGACCCCGCGUGGCCCCCCCGGGACCCCCCCCGGGCCCCCCAAAACCGACCCCGCCCAUCAUCCAGGCCGCGCCCACCGUCUACCCCACCCCGCCCCGGCGCGCCCCGGAGGAGACCCCGCCCCCCCGGGCCCCGCCCCCCGAGGAGCCCCGGAUUGGUCCGAGCCUCCCGGCCCCGCCCCCCGCCAUGGCCACGCCCCCUCCGGAGCCACGCCCCCUGGCGCCGGCGCCACGCCCCCUGCGCAGGCCACGCCCACAGGACACGCCCUUCCCCGGGCCUGAGGUGGGGGCGGAGCCUGCGGCCGAGGACAAGCGGAAGGGGCGGGGCGAGCGCCCAGUCCCUCCCAGUGCUCCCAGUAUCCCCAUUUCAGGGAAGUACGUGGGCAGCCGCCCCAUCAAGCUGCGCAAGAGCCAAUGGAAGGACCGGAACCUGGAGGUGGUGCGGCGCAAGCAGCGCGAGAAGAAGAAACUGGGCCUGAGAUAGCCCAAACUGGGACAAACUGGGACAAACUGGGACGGACUGGGAGCGAGCGGGACGGCAAUAAAGGAGAAGCGAGGGCUCAGCAA